AUGACCAUAGUUGUACCAGUAGCUGAUGAAUCAGAGGUGUUACCAGCGAGACGUCUAUUAGCAAGACAUGCUCGGCUCUGCACUGCACCAGCUGAAGAGACAAGGAAGACGCGCGUGGUGGUAGCGCUGCUGCCUGGGAUUGAUCCUCGCUCUGCUACAAACAUUGGGAAUGAUCUGGAGGAGUUGAAAAGGAGGUGCAAACGCUCUGGUCUAGAAUCAGAUCUGCUACAGCUGCAAGGUCUGUCUGGAGACAAGAUACACGAAGGAACAGCCGGAGAUGUAGGCGGUGGAAGUGCGGCAUUAGACGAGGCGAUUGACCGCUAUGGAAGUGGAUCGAUAUUUUUGUUACUGUCUCCAUAUGCAGAUAUACAGAAAGAAUUCCUGGAUCGCUCUCGUAUCAACACCAUCAAGCACUAUCAGGUAUUUUUCCCGAUACCAUUUGUGGAGUAUCACCCAACAAUAUCAGGAAUGGAUGUGGAGGAACAUGAGGUUCCUACCGACCAAAAAGAAGCUCGUGAGGCUGCUUUGGCACGAUUGCGAGAUUCGUCACCGCCAAAGAGAAAAAGACCAUUGAUAGUGCAAAAGGACCAUGGUCGCUUUGAUUCACUCGAUUUUUCUUGCAUGGCUGUGUACGGCUCAGAUUAUGUGACAAUGCGACCGAAAUUGAGUGGAAAACGCCUGGAUUUGAUUACAGCAUUCUUGAACCAAGAUGAGGUCCAUGUCCUGCGUGCAAUAGAACCAACCCUUAGAAUCAGAUAUCAUCAGAAAACGUGCGACUCUGAUUUGGUUGAGGAGGAUUACUCCCGAUGUAUGGCAAGUAAACGUGAAAAUGUUGCUGCAAAGGAUCAACUGGCAAGACUUCUUUUCCAUGAAGAGUAA